AUAUAUGUAGUAGGGGGUCCCUGCUCGGUCUCUGUUUCAGUUAAGGGGUUCUUGGUUUAAAAAAACAUUGAAGACCUCUGCUUUACUCCAGAUUACAAAGUUGUCUCUUUGGUCCAUUAAUGGAGGCGAGUCCCCAAAAAGUGCUGGCGUGUCAGAUUUGGGUGCCAACAUUGUGUAAGCCAAUGGCUGGCAGACACACACUCAAGGACAUGCUUCCACCCGUUUAUAGUGUUAUCGGUGUGAAACAGCAGCUGCUCAGUAACUUAUUAAUCUUAACGGUAUAUAUAAGUACGAGAGAGACACCACAGACAUCAGAGCGACGAGACAAUCUGACAUCAGGAUCUUCAUCAGAUCACUUCUGCUGAAAUCUGACCAUGAAGGUAAGUUUACAACUUUAUAUAUCUGAUAGUUUGGCAAACAAAUUUUAAUCAUUUGUGGCCCCAAGUUUUAGACAGGGGUAGCAAAAGUCUUCAGCUUGCUUUACAGAGUAUUCUAGCUGUGCAUGAGAGUGAUACCAACAGAAUGAACUUAAUUAUAAUAUCUCUUCUGUUCCAGCUGGUUUCGGUCGUCCUCGUCUUGCUGGCUCCAGUGUUGACCAGCUGCCUGCCGCUCAUUCUGCCGGGAGACUGCAGUGACAUUUACCACAAUGACAACAGCCGACCCAGUGGAGUAUACACUAUCUAUCCCAUCGGAGCCACGUCUGCUGUCCAGGUGUACUGUGACAUGGUCUCAGAAGGAGGACGGUGGACGGUGUUCCAGAAGAGGAUGGAUGGCACAGUGAACUUCUACAGGGGCUGGGAUCAAUACAAGACUGGCUUUGGUAUCGCUGCUGGAGAGUACUGGCUCGGUCUGGAGUCUCUCUACCACCUGACUCUGAAGAGAAAGUACGAGCUGCUGGUCGACAUGGAGGACUUUGAAGGAAACAAAGUGUUUGCUCGUUACUCCUCAUUCUCCAUCGACCCAGAGUCCUACGGAUACAAACUGUCUGUUUCUGGGUUCAUUAAUGGAGGAGCAGGAGACUCCCUGAGUUAUAGCAACGGACAGAAGUUCUCCACCUUCGACAAAGACCAGGACUCCUAUUCAGGGAACUGUGCCAGAUCAUUCCUGGGGGCGUUCUGGUACAGCAGCGGCUGUCACUAUACAAAUCCAAAUGGUGUUUAUCGUUGGGGGGCUGACAGCACUGUCAAUGCUGUUGGAGUGGAUUGGUACCAUUGGAAAGGUUUUAACUAUUCCCUGAAGAGCAUCAGCAUGAAGAUCCGUCCUGUGCAGUAGUUCUCCAGGACCAACGUCCAGCAGAAUAUCAGCUCAUCUCUUCUCAUUUAUUCAUCUUUCUCUCAUUAAGCUUUUAAUCUCACAGCAGGUCUUAUGUUCCUGAAACUGGAAAUAAAACCAGCUGAUGUCUGUAAAUCUUGUUAUGGUCUGUGAUGGUUUAAAGCAGUCGUGAUGAUGUGUCUCCAGUUUAUCUGCUGUACGGUGACAAUAAAUAAAUAAGCUGAACAUUAA